GGGAGGGGUCAGAGGAGGAUAGCCUGGGGGAGGGCUGGCGGCAGAGAACCGGACUGAGUUCGAAUCCUCCUUUAGACGAGUCCCUCUGGGGCAGACACUGCCCGCCUGGGCCUCCUGGAACCCCGCCCCUCCCCCCCUCGUCCUAGGACUCUGCUGCUGGGCGAGGCUGGCUGGCGCUGGAAAGGACGGGAGGCCCGCAAGUCGGUGGGCGAAUUUUCUGCGGGGUACGAUGUAUCCCGGGGCUGCUCUGGUGUCUGACAGGGUUCGGCUGUGACCUCCGGCUUCCUCUUCGGGCUCUUCUUUGCUGCUGAAGGGGGGCCGGUUUAGAGACAAGAAGUAAAGUGGCUGCUGGAGAAGGAGCCGGAGUUUGAAGCAGGGACUUCACCAGAGGGACUCACUGGGGCUACGUUGCUGCCUCUACAGGGAGUCUGAAAUCCCAGAAAUGGCCUUGGAGAGGGACAGACUCCCAGUCCAGGAGGUGGUGACGUUCCAGGAUGUGGCUGUGGACUUCACUCGGGAGGAGUGGUGCCUCUUGUCCCCUUCCCAGAAGGAGCUGUACAAGGAGGUGAUGCUGGAGAAUGCCCGGAACCUGCUAACAGUGGGACUUCCAGCUCCCCCAGAAAAAGUGGUGUCUUAUAUGGAGCAGAGUGAUGUCCCAUGGAUGCUGGAGGAAGAAGGUCUUAGGAUCUGGUACCCAGAAGGAGAAAACAGAUCUGAAAUUAUGGCGAAUCCAACAGAGGUAAGCUUUCCUGUGGAAGAAGUGAACCUACAAACACCAAUUAGUGAUGCUCCUGAUAACUUUGCUUCCAGGGUAUUCAGUGUCGUAUCUCAAAAUUCAUGUUAUAUUGAACAUCAAAGAAUGCAUCCUGUGGAAAAAUCUAGUGAAAAGAAUCAGUGUGGAAAGACUUUUAUGCACAGGGCCAGUCUUUCUGGACAUCAGAGAAUCCACACUGGUGAGGAAAUUUAUGAAUACAAGCAAUGUGGAAAGACAUUCAUUGUGAGCUCCAGUCUUGCUAGACAGCAGAAAAUGCACACUGGGGAGAAACCUUAUGAAUGCAAGCAAUGUGGAAAGGCAUUCAGUCACAGGACCACUGUUGUACAACAUCAGAGAAUGCACACUGGGGAGAAACCUUAUGAAUGCAAGCAAUGUGGAAAGGCAUUGAGUCAGAGGUCCAGUCUUGCUGCACAUCAGAGAAUGCACACUGGGGAGAAACCUUAUGAAUGCAAGCAAUGUGGAAAAGCAUUCAGUCACAGCUUCCUUUUUGCUAUACAUCAGAGAAUGCACACUGGGGAGAAACCUUAUGAAUGCAAGCAAUGUGGAAAAGCAUUCCGUAACAGCUCCCAUCUUGGUAGACACCAGAGAACGCACAGUGGGGAAAAACCUUAUGAAUGCAAACAAUGUGGAAAAGCAUUCAGGUACAUCUCCUAUCUUGCUAUACAUCAGAGAACGCACACUGGGGAGAAACCUCAUGAUUGCAAGCAAUGUGGAAAGGCAUUUAGUCAAAGGUCCGGUCUUGUGAAACAUCAGAGUAUUCACACUGGGGAGAAACCUUAUGUAUGCAAGCAAUGUGGAAAGGCAUUCAAUCAAAAUUGCGAUCUUGUAACACAUCAGAGAAUACACACUGGGGAGAAACCGUAUGAAUGCAAGAAAUGUGGAAAGGCAUUCAGUAAGAGGUCCUAUGUUGCUAUACAUCAGAGAACACACACUGGCACGAAACCUUAUGAAUGCAAGCAAUGUGGAAAAGCAUUCAAUUACAGCUCCCAUCUUGGUAGACACCAGAGAAUACACACUGGGGAGAAACCUUAUGAUUGCAACCAAUGUGGAAAGGAAUUCAAUCAGAGGUCCAGUCUUGCUAAACACCAGAAAGUGCACAGUGGGGAGAGACCUUAUGAUUGCAAGCAACGUGGAAAGGUAUUCAGUCAAGACUCCCAUCUUGUACAACACCAGAGAAUGCAUAAUGGUGAGAAACCUUAUGAAUGCAAGCAAUGUGGAAAAGCAUUCCGUAACAGCUCACAUCUUGGUAGACACCAGAGAACGCACAGUGGGGAAAAACCUUAUGAAUGCAAACAAUGUGGAAAAGCAUUCAGUGACAGCUCCCGUCUUGCUACACAUCAGAGAAUGCAUACUGGGGAGAAACCUUAUGAUUGCAAGCAAUGUGGAAAAGCAUUCAGUGACAGGUCCUAUCUUGCUAUACAUCAGAGAACGCACACUGGGGAGAAACCUUAUGAUUGCAAGCAAUGUGGAAAGGCAUUCAGUCAAAGGUCCGGUCUUGUGCAACAUCAGAGAAUUCACACUGGGGAGAAACCUUAUGUAUGCAAGCAAUGUGGAAAGGCAUUCAAGCAAAUUUCCGAUCUUGGAACACAUCAGAAAAUACACACUGGGGAGAAACCUUAUGAAUGUAAGCAGUGUGGAAAGACAUUCGUUAAGAGGUCCUAUGUUGCUAAACAUCAGAGAACGCACACUGGGGAAAAACCUUAUGAAUGCAAGCAAUGUGGAAAGGGAUUCCGUCAGAAAUCCAGUCUUGUGAAACAUCAGAGAAUGCACACUGGGGAAAAACCUUAUGAAUGCAAGCAAUGUGGAAAGGCAUUCAAUUGGAGGCCCCAUCUUACUAGACACCAGAGAACGCACACUGGGGAAAAGCCUUAUGAAUGCAAGCAAUGUGGAAAGGCAUUCAGUCAGAAAUCCGGUCUUGUGAAACAUCAGAGAACGCACACUGGGGAAAAGCCUUAUGAAUGCAAGCAAUGUGGAAAGGCAUUCAGUCAGAAAUUCAGUCUUGUGAAACAUCAGAGAAUGCACACUGGGGAGAAUCCUUAUGAAUAUAACCAAGGUGGGGAGACAUUCAGUUGGAACUCCCAUCUUGCUGUACAUCAGUAAACCUUCAUUGGAGAGAACCUUGAGAAGAAAAGCUAUGUGAAAGGAUGUUCUGACAGUCAAGGAAUGGAAAUGAAAACUAUAUGUGUGUAUAUGCCUGCAAAUGACUGUUUUCCUGUUGUUGUUUUUUUUUUUUCACUUAGAAGGAGAAAUCAGAAAGCGAAUUCAAUAGAGGUUAACUUUCCUGUGGAAGAAAUAUACCUACAAAGAUCCACUGGUGAUGGUCCUGAUAACUUUGCUUCCAGGGAAUUUUGUGUUGCAUUUUAAAACUAAUCUCAUGUUGAACACCAAAGAAUGCAUCCUGAGGAAAAAUGUAAUGAAAAUAAUCAGUGUGUAAAGACUUAUGCACAGGGCCAGUCUUUCUGAUUAUUAGAAAAUCCACGCUGGGGAAAAACCUUAUGAAUGCAAUGUGGGAAGACAUUCAGUCAAAAGCUCCAGUCUUAUAAAACAUCAGAGAGUGCACACUGGGUGGAAACCUCAUAAAUGCAAGCAAUGUGGAAAAACAUUCAGUCUUAUAACUAAAAAUAAAUAGCAUCCCCUGGUCUAUGGAUUAUUAUCUCCAAUGCAUGUGAUAGGAUGCAGUCAGUCUCAACAGGAGAUGCUGGCUUUACAUGUGAGCUGUGAAUGCAAGAGUACUUCUCUCCAAUCUGAAUAGAUAUUGGAGUUGUUGACAAUAUUUAGAAUGGUCCUUUCCACGAAGGCUGAGUUUCUCCAGUACACUUGAAAUUCUUAAUAUACACUAUCCUGGAUUCAGUUCAUGAAGAGAAAAGUCCAGUGGUCUGGCUUAUACUGCAGCUCUGGAUUCAUGAAGUUCAUGCAGUUUUUCUGUAAUUCCUUACAUAGGAAGCAAUCGUCAUAUCUCCCCCUCAUAGUGACAUAUAUGCAGGGUUUAAAGGCUUAUCCUGUAUAGGCGGACGUCCAAAAAGCAUCUCAAAAGGUGAGAUGUUUAGGUCUCCUCUAGGCUUGCUUCUGAGAUAAAAUAGGACCAGAGGGAGAAUUUCAGGCCAUUUUUAAGGUGUCUCAGUGCAUACUUUUCCAAUCAUAGUUUUAAGUGCUUUGUUCAACCUUUCAACUUGGACUGAGCUCUGGGGAUGAUGUGGAACAUGGAAUUGGGAGUUAUCGGUAACCAAGAAUAUAUCUGACUUAGGACACAAUCAGUAAAAUGCCUUCUUCUAUCUGAAUCAAUACGUUCUGACACACCAAAAGGAGUAAUAAUGUAUUUUAAAAGCACCUUAGCAACAAAAGCUGCUGUGACUUGGGUCUCCAAUAAUGCUUCCGGCCAUUUGGUUAGUUGAUCUACUAUGACUAGACAAAAUUUAUAAUGUCUAGUCUUUGACAUUGUUCUGAAAUCUAUCUGUAGGUAUUCAAAAGGUGUGUAAGGCAGAGGACACCCACCAAAAGCUUUGCCACCAAAGGAGUUUUCGUUAUUUGCCUGGCAGGUAGAGCAGGUUUAACACACUAUAGAGGAUAUAGUGGUUAUACCAGAGGCUAUCCAUACUCUCUUAACAAAGUUCCUGAUACCCUGGGUACCAAAGUAACCACUUUUAUGAACAGAUUGGCAAAUUUGGUGAUAGAAAAAUUCAAGGGAGCCGGGGUGUCCCUUCAGGUGUCACCCAUACUCCAUUAAUCUGUUUUGCUUUGAAUUUUUCCAUUUUUUCACUUCCUUUUCAUUACAGGAAAAUGAUUAGUUUAAAUCAUCAGUGGUUGUUAAUGUUAAAAUUAAUUGAAGCCCUUCUAUGGCUGCUAGCUUUGUAGCAGUAUCUGUUUGGUCAUUUCCCCUAGAAAAAGGGUCAGAGCUACAUGUAUGGGCAGAGCAAUGAACUACCGCUAGGGCUUCUGGCAGUUUAAGAGCAGAAAAACUUCAUUAAUAAUUUCUGCUUUAGGUAUGGCUUUUCCAGCUGAGGUUAAAAAUCCACUCGAGCCAUAGCAUCCUGACAGUGACAGAUGCAAAAAGCAUAUCAAGAGUCUGCAUAAAUUGUUGCCAUUUUACCCUUUGUAAUUAUACAUGCAUGUUUCAGAGCUAUGAGUUCUGCCCCUUGAGCGCUAAUAUUAGAGGGCAGUGAAGCUGACCACUCAGUGACAAAUUCUGUGACUACAGCAGCUCCAAUGUAGCAUAUGCCAUCUCUCAUAAAAGUACCAUCAGUAAAUAAGCCCCGAUCUGAGUUGUUUAAAGGAGUGUCCAAGAGAUCAUCUUGAGGCUUUUCUGCCAUGGACACUAGUGUUUCACAACUAUGUCAUGAUAUUCUUGAAGUUGGUACAUCUGGAGGCAAGGUGGCAGGAUUAAGAGUUGAACAGAAUUUCAAGGUAACAUUUUCAUUGUUUAACAAAGUUAUUUCAUACCUUGUAAUUCACUGAUCAGAAAAUGCCUGCGUUCUAUGUCUUAGCAACAAUGCUUCUACCUCAUGUGGACACAUAAUUGCUAAUGGGCAUCCUAAUACUAGAUCAACAUUUUUUGUCACUAGUAAGGCUGUAGCAGCUACUCCUCUAAGACAAGGUGGUGCUCCUGAUGCUACUCUGUCCAUUUGGGCAGAAUAAUAAGCAAUUGGGCACUGAGAAGGUCCCAGAGUAUGAGUUAAAACACCUGAAGCUACUCCUCUUCGCUCAUGUAUUUACAAAGUAAAUGGCUUGAUGUAAUCUGGGAUGCCUAGAGCGGGGGCAGACAGGAUACUCUUUUUUAGCUCUGCUAGAGCUGACAGGUUUUCUGGUUCUAAUUUGAGGGGUUCAGGGACCGAAUCCCUUGUUAGUGCUAUAAGGUGUUUAGUAAUUUCCCCAUAACAAGGAACCCGUUGUCUACAAAUCCCUGUUGCUCCCAAAAUUGCUCUUAACUAUUUCUUAGUGGUAGGAGCACUUAAAUUUUGAAUAUUCUGUUCUUUUGGGAGAAAUAGAGGGCACCAGCAGUCAGGUUGAACCCCAGAUAUUCUACUUAGGGGGUGCACCAUUAAACCUUGUCCUUCGAGAUCUUAUGACCUCUUUUGUGCAAUUCCCAAAGAAGAUGCUAUCUUCCUGACAUGCUUCUGCAUCUGGUGAACCCAAGAGUCGAUUAUCUACAUAUUUGGUUAAUUCGCUGUUUUUAAAUUUCAUGUUAUCUGUAUCUUGGGUCAAAAUUUGUGCAAAUAAGCUCAUGAUGUCUACGAAAUGUUAUGGGAAAUGACUCCAGGAGUAUUGACAGCCCUGCCAGGUGAAAGCAAAGAUAUGCCUAGAGUUCUCAUGUAUGGGUAGGUAAAUAAAGGCUGAGCACAAGUCUACUGCUGUAAAAUAUGUAGCUGUACUAGGAAUAGAAGAAAUAAUAGUAUUGAUUUUGGAAACUA